GACAGAUUCUGAUAAAGAAUCCCUCCAAUCUUUACAAACUCAGACUAUUUAUAUAGAACGAAAGCUCAUGGAGCAUACGUUAGGGCUUGUGCAAAGUGGAUAGAAGAGGGUGAAAAGAGUACUUCAUAUUUCUACAAUUUGGAAAAACGAAGGCAAGAACAAGAAUCUAUAAAUAUGUUACUUGUAAAUGAGAAUGAAUGCACAGAUUGUAAGGUUAUAUCGGAGGAAGUAUAUAAUUUUUAAUCGAAACUAUACUCCUCAGCUGAUCACUGAUUAAGUAGGGGUUUUCGACCGGACUGAGCCUCAUAUUCCAAAAAUUGAUGUAGUGCGUAAAAUGACCCUUCACAAGGUUAGUGAAGGGCAAACUGAGACCUCCACUACUCUCUAUGGCCAGAAUACUGCAUUUGCAACUUCAGAGUGCCGGUCAAGUUUGUUGGACAAAAAUGGAGCUGACAUACUAGGCCCUGUAGUCUGGUUCCAGCACAUUUCCUGUUAUAGAUAAUGAACACAGCUGAUUUGUUUUAUUUAAUUAUCACUCCUGUAGACACUAAUGAAGGCUGGGGAGAUGUUUCAGCUGUUAGAUUAAGGUGUUAAAAAGACAAACGCUAAGCAAAGAGAUACGUUUCUAUUAAAUGGACACUAGGAGGUGCUAAAACCAAGCCAAAACUGCCUAGUCCCCCUUUAAAACCGGAUUAUGUCUUAAAAGUCAGCAAUUCAAUACAUUACACAGGUUGCAUUCCCUCUGUUGUUAAGCUUUGUGGUUUCUGGCAUUAGUUCUACAUCAGGUUCUUGACAAAUUUUUUUAAUCAAGAACACAUCAUGGUUAAUUCCUCAGAUAAAAUGUUUGUAUUUACCUCAGGAGUUCCUCUGCAGCUAUAGGAAAAAUAAAGACUUCCAUGCACGUGAGGUCAUAAAUAAAUAACCAGGAACCUAGGACGACCUCUUUGUGCAGACAAAACUAUCUGCAUCUGCAUGAAGAUGUGCCAGAGAGCGAUUUGAAUAACAACAGUGUCUCCUGCAGGUGCUCCACGCUCAGAAUCACGCGGUUGGGUCUGUGGUGCUGAUGCUGCUGUCGUGGUUCGGACUGCAGCUGCAGCAUCCCGCCUCCCUCCUGCACACAACGUGCUCAGAAACAUCAUCUUUCUCUGUAAACCGGCUUGCGUCAGCAGAGGAGGCGCAGCCCCGACGCCUCAUAAGGUUUGGGGACCGCCGUCCCCCGCAAGAAAAUCCGACACAGCAAGAGAAGGCACGUGCAGUGGGUGGUCUUGGGCAGGCGCGUUUCACGUGGCUCUGGCAAGCCUCCACCGCGUCCAUCAGUCCGGUGCGACAGCAGCUGGAGACGAGAUCAUGGCUGUGGAGCUGGAACCCGCGGACGUGCUCCGCCUGAUAAUGCAGUACCUGAAGGAGAACAACCUCUACCGCACGCUGACCACCUUACAGGAGGAAACCACUGUCACACUCCACACAGUAGAGAGCAUCGAAAGUUUCAUCGAGGACAUAAACAGAGGCCACUGGGACUCUGUUCUGCUCGCCAUCGAGUCCCUGAAGUUACCCGAUAACACGCUAAUCGACCUCUAUGAGCAGGUUGUGAUGGAGCUGAUAGAAAUGCGGGAGGUGGGCGCUGCUCGUUCUCUCCUCAAACGAACUGACCCAAUGAUUAUGCUGAAGCAGACCCAGCUGCAGAGGUACACCCACUUGGAGAAUUUGCUCACCAACUCAAACUUUGACCCUCGAGAGGCGUACCCAAAAGGGAGCAGCAAGGAGAAACGGCGCAGAGCUAUAGCCGAGGCUUUGGUGAGGGAGGUCAGCGUGGUUCCACCCUCACGCCUCAUUGGACUCCUGGGACAAGUCAAUUACGUGAACCGACAGCAGAAUCCAGGUUUUCAGUCCUCUGUGACAACUGUCGACACAUCUGGCAAAAAGGAGCAACCUGCUGUGGUGACAGAGACCUUCCCAACACAGCUGUACCGCCACAUAAAGUUUGGACGGAGGUCACAUGUGGAAUGUGCUCGUUUCUCACCUGAUGGGAAGUAUCUGAUCACUGGAGCAGUGGAUGGCUUCAUCGAGGUCUGGAAUUUCAACACUGGGAAAAUUAGCAAGGAUCUGAAGUACCAGGCCCAUGACAGCUUCAUGAUGAUGGAUGAUGCUGUGCUCUGCUUGUGCUUGAGUCACGAUUCAGAUUUGCUCGCAACAGGGGCGCAGAAUGGCAAAAUAAAGGUGUGGAAGAUCCAAAGCGGCUUGUGCGUGCGCAGGUUUGAGCACGCUCACAACAGAGGCGUGACCUGUCUGAGCUUUUCCAAGGAUGGGAACCAGAUCCUCAGUGCUUCCUUUGACCAAACCAUCAGAAUCCACGAAUUGAAGUCAGGGAAGACACUGAAGGUGUUAAAUGGCCAUUCAUCAUUUGUAAAUGAUGCUUCGUUCACUCGAGAUGGUUUCUACAUCAUCAGCGCCUCUUCUGAUGGAACUGUUAAGAUCUGGAACAUGAAAUCUUGUCAAUGCAUUCACACUUUCGGAUGCCCGUCGCUGACAUCAGACGUCACGAUCAACAACGUGAUGGCUCUUCCUCAAAAUCCAGAGCACUUUGUGGUUUGUAACCACUCCAACACGCUGGUCAUCAUGAGCCUGCACGGCCAGACUGUGAAGACUUUGAGUUCCGAUUCAGCAGAAGGAGCCGGUUUUGUGUGCUGCACCCUGUCGCCCCGCGGGGAGUGGAUCUACUGUGUGGGAGAGGACUCUGUGUUAUACUGCUUCAGCUACACAACAGGACAGCUGGAGAAAACGCUGACUGUUCACGAGAAAGGCGUGAUUGGCAUCGCUCACCACCCACAUGAGAACCUGAUUGCCACGUACAGCGAGGACGGCCUGUUGAGACUUUGGAAACCGUAGACAUCCAUCUGCACGGCAGCUGUUUGUUCUGUUGGCAUAAAUGGUUCUUCCAAAGCAGUUUUUACAAGAAGACAGUCUCCAAAGUGUCACCAAGAGUUAAACAAUCUCACUGAUGGUGGAAUCUCAUUUUAAAACGAGACGUUGUAGCUGAUGGUUUGUUUUAAAAUGAUUCCUGAGAGGAUUAAAAAUAUAUAUAUAUACAAAUAUAUAUAUAUAUAUAUAUGGAACACUGAAAAGCUAUUUUUUAACUCAUUUCAGAUUAUAAUCGGUCACUUUCUUAUGUUACCCCCUCCUUCACAUUUUAACAUCUCCUGUCGGGGACGUAACAUAAAUUGGGGCUCGUCCGGGAUCAUCAAACAAAGACGCAUUGGGAUCACUCAGAGUUAAAACUUUUUAAGUUAAAACUCUUCAACUCGAAGGGGUUGAAAACAAAAUGAGGCCUGGAGGACAGCAGAACCCCUCCACUGCUGAAGGCGCAGCCUUUUUAUCCAGUUGUUGGUUUUCAGCAGGAUUCAGCUCAGCUGUGCUCCUCAGCCUGGAAGAGAGGAGGAGGAGGAGGGGCAGUGUCAGGCUGAUCACCGGGGCUGCGUGAUCCUGGCUCCUGAAUCUCACUGGCCAGGCUGGUAGCCGUAACACUCCUGCAUUUACUUUUGAUAGGAAAUAGACGGUGAAACUCCUGACAGAUUUACGCCGCACUGUCUCUUGACAUUCAUGGACUCACCCAUCUUGACUCGCAAUGGGGAGGAUGUUGUUGGUUUUGCUUCCAUGAAACAGAACGUCUCGGCUAGUAGAUACUAACCAUUAGCAUUAGCAACUCCUCCACACGGCAGAACUCCUUCAAACUUGUGUUAUUUGUGGAGAUGAAACAUCAACAUUGCAAGUCAGUGGUAGAGUUGCGUUGUUAUCCAAUCCCAAGCAAGAUGUUCAAAUAUCAGGAAAUGAGACUAAAACCUGUCGUCUGAAACUACUCUCUCCUCCUCUCUCUCCUCCGGCUGAUUCUUCAUCCUCAAACAGGUGCACCAGAGCUUUUUUCCCCCCAGACAAUGACGUCCAAGGCAUUCAUUCCUACCAGAGACCACUGCAAAUCUAUUCAUUAAAUGAGCGUUCCACACCUUUAGUUUCCCACUUCCUAUUUUUCCUCUUGUAAAUAGAAAGAUGGAUUCUAAAUGGGUUUUGUAAGUUCUAAUAAUUUUCAUGUGAAUAAUUUUUAACACAGCCAGGUUCUUCCACAGGUUUCCGUAGUUCUCUUUGAAUCCUACAAAUUCAUCUCCAUCAUUACCAGACAUGAAGAUGCAUGAUGGUGAACUGUUGUGAUAAUAUUUAUUAUAACUUGCCUCAUGUCGGAGCCUAUACAGAGAGUAUCUGUGAUGCUUGACUGGCUUUUACAACUACUUGUUUGAUAAUGCACUGUUGGCUCCCUGCAUGCUACCUCAGUGCACUGCCUAAACGUGGCUCUGCACUAAUUCUAUAUGCAUGAUAAUAAACGGUGGAGCUUCAGUGACUCAUUCUGUGUGUAAACAAUGUUUAAUGUCAUCUUUUUAUUGUAAAUUAUACUUUUGUCUAUUUGUAGGACAAAAAAAUGCAGACUCCUGUCCUCAACCAGUAAUUGUUAUUUGCACUAAUGUAAAAUCAUUGCACUCAAUUUGAAUAUGUUUAUUAUAGUUUAUUUUUUACUGUCUGGGCAAUAUUGAUAAGCAAUAAACAAAAUACCUACAAUUA